GUCACGAAUCGGGGACUGGAAUCGUUACCGCAAGGGCACCGGCGAUUCUCGCACCGCACCCAAGUAGGAAAACGAGAGGAAAAAUCGCGUAAUAAAAACAUUGUAGGUGUGAAAACGGUGCGCGAAAGUGUCGUUAAUCGUAUGUACGGUGAAUAAAAUAAUCUCACAUGUUCAUAAUUAGUGGACGAGUGAAUUUGUAUGGGUGUAAGCGGAUGUAUUCGUGAUUUUGUGAGAAGCACCAUAGGAUAGUAUAGUCGAUAGUGGGGAUUGGGAUAGACAAAGCCGAUUGGAAAAGCGUUCGUUGUGCCAUAGAGAGUGUUGGGCAGUAUGAACGAAUUGGAUUCCUUGAGACAAGAAGCUGAGACACUCAAAAAUGCCAUCAGAGAUGCCCGUAAAGCGGCUUGCGACACAUCCCUGGUCCAGGCAACUGCCAGCCUUGAACCCAUCGGAAGGGUGCAAAUGCGAACUAGACGCACCCUUCGGGGGCACUUGGCAAAAAUCUACGCCAUGCAUUGGGGUUCCGACAGUCGUAACCUGGUAUCGGCCUCUCAGGACGGUAAACUCAUCGUCUGGGAUUCCCACACCACCAACAAGGUUCACGCAAUCCCUUUGCGAUCCUCAUGGGUGAUGACAUGCGCAUAUGCCCCAUCGGGCAGUUACGUAGCUUGCGGAGGCCUCGACAACAUCUGCUCCAUAUACAGCCUAAAAACUCGCGAAGGCAACGUACGAGUGAGCAGAGAACUGCCCGGUCACACCGGGUAUUUGUCGUGCUGUCGUUUCCUUGAUGAUAACCAGAUAGUGACCAGUUCGGGCGAUAUGAGUUGCGCCCUAUGGGACAUCGAGACCGGCCAACAGGUCACCUCGUUUCUCGGCCAUACCGGCGAUGUGAUGUCCCUAUCGCUGUCACCAGAUAUGCGCACCUUUGUUUCGGGAGCGUGCGAUGCAUCGGCGAAAUUAUGGGAUAUACGAGAGGGAUUAUGCAAGCAAACGUUCCCAGGACACGAGUCGGACAUUAAUGCCGUCACGUUCUUUCCUAAUGGUUUUGCGUUUGCGACGGGUAGUGACGACGCCACAUGUAGACUCUUCGAUAUCAGGGCCGAUCAGGAACUAGCCAUGUAUAGUCAUGAUAACAUUAUAUGCGGAAUCACCAGUGUCGCAUUCAGUAAAUCUGGAAGAUUACUGCUUGCAGGAUACGACGAUUUCAAUUGUAAUGUUUGGGAUUCGAUGAAGACAGAAAGAGCAGGUAUCCUAGCGGGCCACGACAAUCGAGUAAGCUGUCUAGGCGUAACAGAGAACGGCAUGGCGGUAGGAACCGGAUCUUGGGACAGUUUCCUGCGCAUUUGGAACUAGACAGCGUUGCCAAAAAAUAAAUGUAAUUAUUUGUAUCUCACCUGCAUCACAACAUUUCUUAGUUUUUCAAAAAAAUAACUUCCAUGUUUCAAGCAUUUAAAACCGUGUCGAAGUUCCAAGCAUUUUAUUUUUUGUAUUAUAGGAUUUUUAUCUGUUAUUAUUCGUUCUUGUUCUUUUCGCUUAUGUAGUCACUUUAGUUUUUAUAUGAGUAUGUAGCUUGUGAUUUGUUUAUUUGUAAGGUACUGUUAUUUCUCUAUCUGUAUUUAUUACAAGUAUUUUAAAGAAAAAAAUUAUAAAUAAAACAGUAUUUUAAGUUUGUUCUUUUUUGUUUUUUCUUUUUUUUUGUGAUGUGGGUGAGAUUUGACCGAGUCGAGGAGUGUAUUAGUUCCAAAAUAUUUGGUUAGAUCAAGUGCAAAACGCGAGACCAAUGUUUAGGAAAUUGAAAGUUUUUGCAUUUUUACAUGAGCGAAUUUGGAAGUGCGAGUGAGAAGGUUUCCAAAACAAACAGAAUUUUUUACACAAAAUUCGUCCAUAUAAAAAUGCAGUGAUUUUAAUUUUUUUUCUCAUGGCAUAUGCUACUAGUCGGUUUACCAAAAAAGCAGUGCCAUAACCUGAAACUUUCCGAUCAUAGCCGUCGACAUCAAUCAACGUCACAAAGUACCAAAUUGAUUUCCCGCAUGUGACGUCAUAACCAAAUGCGUUUGUGUAAGAACUGGCAGGUUGUAAAAAUCAAACAGUUUUUGAGAUACUGCCUCAAUAUUUAACCUGUUAAAAACAGUGUUCCAUUAAUUAAUUUCACUUCAUAAAUAAAGAGGGAAAAACACAAAAAAAUCUCAUCACGUGAUCAAAUCACUCAAUUGUUUCGGUUCCGAAUCACCGUUUCGUUUUGUACAUAUUGAGUUCCUUAUUGUAUUUGCAUUUUUAGGAUACAGUCAUGUCUUUAAAUAAAAUAGGUGAAAAAAAAAGAAAAAAUUUACGAUAAUAUAAUACUAAAACUAGCUUCUGCUUGUCAUUGAUUGAAUGUGAAAUAAACAGUGAUGUAUGUUUACCAUCUCUUGACACAAAGAAACUGUUUUAUAAAGCCAAAAAUUUCACUUAUUUGACUUAAUUUAAUUGCACCGGUGGUCGUCGCGACGCAUUCAAAUCUCCCGCCGAGGAGUGCGCCACGCCAACUAGUUUUAUUAAAUUAUUUAUGACGUGUGAGUGCGAGAGUGGCCGGCGCGAGUCGAGGGCGCCACUCGCGCCUGUGUUCGAAAAUUGCGCAAUUGCAACCAAUUUACAAUUAACAAACAAGGGAUUCAACAACUCAUCCGUUGUAGAAAAGGGCUCAUGGAUUGGUUGUCGUUGUGUAAGCCGGCUUCUGAUUGGCCCGACGUUUCGGUUUUUUUAUAUGUGUAUCAGUGUUUGAGCGAAACGUCGCGCGAAUCGCUUCGACGCAUGCGCGACUCUUUUUUACAUAAUAAUAAUAAUAAUAUAUCAUAUAGUGCGACCCCUUCCUUGCCGCGAAUGCCGACUCGGCCGGCGCGAGCGACUGUUUUUAUAUUUAUAAGUCAUGUCACAAUAUAAAUAUUAAAAAACAAAAAUAAAAUUUUAUUGUCUCGCUAUUAUUUCAAAUUAUGGGCACAAAACUGCGCAUUGUAGCAAUUAUCAUCGGUUUUUAAGAAAAACGCUGGGUUUAGAUUUUUCUCAAGCAACACUUCUUAUCCCUCGUCCCGUUUUUAUUGUUCUUUUGGAAGCGACGUGGACACGUGGUCCAGCACAAAUUCUAAUUGCCGCAUUUUUCGGUUCGGUUUUGUUCGCAUAAGCGUGUAGUCACGGAGAAUUUUAUACAUUCUUGUGGUGGCAUGCAUUUUUUUUUCAAAUUGUAGGUUAGAAUGUACUUUUUUAUUGUUAAUGAUUUAAAUUAAAAGCGUAUGGUGUAUGACUACUAUAGCAACCUAUAUGUUAUUGUAACGUAAUAAAUAAAUAAAUAAACAAACA